AUGAGUACUCGGAUUCUUGACCCCUUCUUCUCCUUUCCAUUACCUCUAAUCUCCCACUUACUUCCUCAUUGGGCCGCCAUGAUGCCAACUGUCUUGGGUGAUGUUGGUUCGCUAGUUUGGGUUGGGGAAGCCAUUCCUACAAUAAAAGCAGAACAAGGGAAAUCAAGAAGAAAGCGGAAUAGCCAGGAAUGGGGGAAGACACCACAGUCACAGGUAACUGAUAAGUCAAGGAAGAAUCGCCACAAAACUAUAAACUUCCGGUUUUUCGAGGAGACAAAGGAGAGCAAGAUUGAUGAUGACAUUAAGGCCUUUUUUAAAGCCUAUGAAGUGCACAAUGUUAGAGAGAAGGAAGAUCAGCCAAAACCUAUGAAUGCAUUUGAAUUGAUAUCCUUGUCCAAAGGGCUGACCCUACAAAACUUGUUUGACAUAGACCAGAAUCUGAUUGAGAUGUGGAAAGGAUUUCCAAAUAUCAAGGAAAUGAGUGUAGCCCCAUAG